AUGAUUUCAAUGUCAUGGCACCAAAUUGCAAGCCAUUGGAUUUUGAAUGAGACCCAGCUCCCCCAACAACCACCAUAUAGUUGUUGUGGAUCUUUAGAGAUUGAGAUAAAGAAAGAGCAACCAUCUGUGGGAUUGUCAAGAGUUGCUGUUUCCAAAACUCAUGGAGAAGACUCCCCAUAUUUUGCAGGUUGGAAAGCUUAUGAUGAAGACCCUUAUGAUGAAUCAAAGAAUCCUUCAGGAGUCAUCCAGAUGGGACUGGCAGAGAAUCAAGUUUCAUUUGAUCUGUUAGAAGAGUACUUGGAACAUCAUUCAGAAGCAUCCAUAUGGGGGAAUGGAAUUUCUGGGUUUAGAGAGAACGCCUUGUUUCAAGACUAUCAUGGACUCCAAACUUUCAGAAAGGCAAUGGCAAGUUUCAUGGAACAAAUAAGAGGGGGAAGAGCAAAAUUCGACCCCGAUAGAGUCGUUCUCACUGCAGGUGCGACGGCAGCCAAUGAGCUGUUGACCUUCAUUUUAGCCGACCCGGGAGAUGCUUUGCUGGUUCCAACUCCUUAUUAUCCAGGAUUUGACAGAGAUUUGAGGUGGAGAACAGGAGUUAAAAUUGUACCAGUCCAUUGCAGCAGCACCAACAAUUUCCAAAUAACCCCUCAAGCUUUAGAAUCAGCUUAUAGUAGAGCACAAUCCAUGAACAUCAAAGUGAGGGGGGUACUAAUUACAAACCCAUCAAACCCAUUAGGCGCUACGACCCAACGAUCCGUCCUGGAGGAAAUUCUUGAUUUUGUCACUCGGAAAAACAUUCAUCUUGUCUCUGAUGAAAUCUACUCGGGAUCAGUCUUCUCCUCGUCCGAGUUCAUAAGCAUUGCAGAAGUUCUCGAGGCUCGAAAGUACAAAGAAUCGGAAAGAGUUCACAUUGUUUACAGCCUUUCGAAGGACCUCGGCCUACCGGGUUUUAGAGUUGGAACCAUAUACUCUUACAACAACCAGGUUGUGACCACUGCAAGAAGGAUGUCUAGCUUCACCUUGAUCUCUUCUCAAACACAGCAUCUCCUAGCUUCCAUGUUAUCCAACAAGAAGUUCACGGAGAAGUACAUCGAGACGAAUCGAGCAAGACUAAGGAAGAGAUAUGAAGUGAUCAUUGAAGGGUUGAGGAAUGCAGGGAUUGAGUGCUUGAGGGGCAAUGCAGGGUUGUUUUGCUGGAUGAAUUUGAGCCCGUUGCUGGAGAAACCCACAGUAGAAGGUGAAUUGGCUCUUUGGGAUUCUAUCCUACAUGAGGUCAAGUUAAAUAUUUCUCCAGGUUCAUCCUGCCAUUGCUCAGAACCAGGAUGGUUUAGAGUGUGUUUCGCCAACAUGAGUGAGCAGACGCUAGAAGUUGCACUGAAGAGAAUAAAUGAUUUCAUGGAACAAAAAAAAAAAAAAAGGAUAGAAAUAUAG